AUGGCUUCCUCGUCACGAUCCAUCCUAUCUAAAGGCUUUCGAUCGAUCUCUCAUUCGCAGAGUAUACUACGUUCCUCAGCUCCUGUACCACGUAUCUCCUCUCAAGGUCAGCGACAUGGUCAACACCCAGCGUCCCCCUUGCGCAUACCGUCAUUAUCCCCCAAACGACAGCUGAGAGCAUUUACGAGUAGCUCCAGGUAUCAGACGGAACAAGGAGAGAAACCCGCAUCAACAUUAUCUCCAGAAGAGUACGAGCAAGUCUCUGAACGGGAUAUGGACAUCUUACAUGAGAAUUUGGAGAUUUACGUUGAACAGUUCGGAGAAAAUGAUUGGGAGGUUGAAUAUAGUUCCGGCGUAAUGACUCUCUCCCUCCCACCUCACGGUACAUACGUGAUCAACAAGCAACCCCCCAAUUUACAAAUAUGGAUGUCAUCCCCUUUAUCCGGUCCAUCGCGAUUCGACUACAUAACCUCCAAAGGGUGGGUUCACCAUCGAGACGAGAAGAUCGUAUUUAGGGAUCUGUUAGAACAGGAGUUGAGGGAGCUGUUGAGGAGACAGGGGAAGGAAGGUGAGGCGGAGGAAUGGGAAGGUACGGGAUUAUAA